CAAUUUUUUCUGUGAAUUGCUUCACUCUUUCAAUUAGGCCCGUUGAGCAGCAUUGGCGAAAAAAUAUAUUAAUUUUCAGACUACUUCAGCCAGAUCACAGUUUGUUUUUUCUGAUACACUUGUUGCAUCUUGGUUUGUACCUUCAAAUCAAUCAGCACCUGGGUCAGUACAGUAUGCCAAGUCAUUAGCCAGAGCACUAGUUGUUGAAAAGCCCAAAAUUUUAUGCUACUGGGUAACUUUGAAAAUAGCUGUGUUCAAAUUGCUUAGCUGCGUCUCGAAUUUACACAGGAGUCUAUGAUGUUGGCUGCAGCCACGUCUCAUGUUUUCAAGCCUUAGCCAAGAAAUUCAGACAAGGCCAGUGUAAGCGAAUUGUUCUUUGGCAUGAAAUGUGCCGGUACCGGUACAUACAUGUACAUGUACCGGUACACGUACAGGUACAUGUAUGAAGGCCAAACUGAACAUAGUCACUUGCACGUGCUUACCUGUUGAUCAGUUGGUGUUCACAUGCACGAGACUUGAUGUUUAUUGUACUACCUGUAAGUUUCAACCAUUUUCCACAUCAUUAAAUCCUCGUGACUGUGAUGAUGCCGGUCGCCAGUAAUUUUAUUAAAUACCGGUUGUUCAUGACGUAAUUAACUAUAAGUUUGUGGCCAAAAGCUGUUUAACAACUUUUCGCAGUAAUUUGGUGAUUGAGUUGGUGAAAAUUUCCAUGGAAAUUUCCACGAAGAAAUGUGACCUUGUCUUGUUUGAAUGUGAUGUCACACAUUACCAUCGACACUACUACUGUAGUUUGAGGAGCCAAAUGCAGGUUUAAUGGUCAAUUAAACAGGUGUACAAGUGCACCUACACGUACCUGUACAUACUGGGUACAGCAUUUGCAGUCUAUGCAGAGUUUAUCCAACGGUUGCAGCAUUCGUAUGCCUGAGCCAUAUCUGCAAGGUGCAUUAUGUACAUGUACAUGUAUGUCAUAAUCUUGAAUGCUGAGUACAUUGCAUCUAACGUGCCUUGCUGCAUACAUGUACAUAAGCCUCAGAGGAGAAGGGAAUUGUAAGCUCACAGUGAGCUGAUGAAGAAUUGUGAACAUCGCCAUCGAUCUCUGGAUCCCUUUAUGCUUAUCUCCUGCCGUGAGAAAGUGCUUUCAUAUUGGAACUGGUCAGUCCAGCCAAAGACAUAUAUGUAUCAUUGUAAUUGAUACUUUGUAUUGGUACUUGUACACGUACCGGUGCAUGCAUGUACAGUUCUCCGUAGUACAUACAUGUACAUGUACAGGUACUGUACAUGAUGUACAUGUACCCUUAAACUUCCUGUAUGUACAGCAAAGUAUCCGUUCACUGGUACUUGUGUGAGCAGUCAUGCCCUCAAUGAGAUUCUCAUCUGUGCGCCUCCAACAUUCUGUAAAAACUGCCUGAAAUGCUGUCUUUGGAGAGUAGAACAAUUUGAGUGUGGAUUAAUGAUGGAGUUGGAACCGAUGUGGCAAAUGCUCCGAUUGUAUUUAGCAGUGGCAGAGGACCAGUCUUCGUUUCAUGACAAGUCUUCCUCUGAACCUCUUGAUAUCGAUGCCAACAAUGGGCUGACCACCAUGGUGGGUGUGGCCAAGAACUUGUUGCCGGGCAGCGAUGGGGGCAGCACCACGGCAGCAGCCCUAGGGAACUCGGGGGAUGUGGAUCUCAGUCUCACAGAGCACCGGGACUUCCAGGGCAAGCUGCUUCACCAGGCGGCCAUCUAUUCAAACUUUGCUUUGCUGGAGGACCUUCUGAAGUGGGAACAGCGGCGUUACAUUAAUGAGAGGGACUCGUUUGGACGGACGGCCUUGCAUGCCGUCUGCGCUGCCGAGGUGUCAGAGAGAGAGGAGAGCAUUGAGUGUGUCAGGUUGCUUCUUGAGGCUGGAGCAGAUCCUAACAUUGCUGCUGCUGAGAGGUACAAUUACUAUACACCCUUGCAUGUAGCAGCCAAAGAUGGGAAAGUGAAGAUAGCCAGCCUCUUGGUCCAGUACGGUGCCGAUCUAGAAAACCGGGACAUCAAACGGUUGACCCCUCUGGAGCUGGCCAGGAACAAUUACCAAACAGAUUGUGUGAGCUUCCUGCAGACCACUCAAGUUGAGCGGGAGAGAUUGCGUUCAAGCCUGGAGCCCAGCCUUCUGGAGGCUUGCAGCAGUGUGAAGGAACUGCGUCAGAUCCUACGACGGAUCGGUUACAGUGCCAUCAACAGGGAGUACAAAGAGACGCCACUGUACAGGGCAGCACUUGGUGGUCAUCUUAGCGUUGUAAAGUUUCUCCUUGAUCACCAUGCCAACGGUAAACCCAACCGAGACACCAAGCAGACGCCCCUCUAUGCUGCUUGCCUCAAUGGCCACUUUGACGUUGCCAAGUUGCUUCUCCAGCACUUUCCCGCCAUGGCCAGCGACCAGACCAACGAAAUGGAGAUUCCGCUGCAUGCUGCAGCGAAGCAAGGCAACGCAGCUGUCAUCAAGUUGCUCCUGGAGUUUGAUUACAAGUCGGCGUUGGAUGAAAAAGGAUUCUGCCAGCUGGAUCAAUCAGCAGCUACUAGUACCUUUAAGUCUUAUAAAGGUGACUUACCAUUCUAUCUCAACUUGCGAAACAUUAAUGGCCAGACUGCCCUCUACCUUGCCUGCACUGCUGGUCAUGUUGAGGCUGCAAGAGCCCUACUGGAAUACCGGCCAGGUGGCACUGUGGUGCCAAACUUUGGACAGGGAAAGAAGCAGGCCUACAUCGAUGUUGACUGCUAUACAGUGAUAGGCAGGACGCCGCUCCACAGUGCUGUCACUGCAGGCAACAUUGAGAUAGUUGCGCUGUUGCUGAAGCAUGGGGCAGACGUUAACCUGCCCGUGAAAUCCAUAAAGUGCCUGUUUGGGUCGCGGGGCAGCAACGCCAGCCUGGUAGAAGGCAGAGUAACUGAGAAGAUGCACAUCCCCAAGGAGGAUAACUCCAUUCUGUGUGAGGCGUGCAGCAUCAGUGAAUACAACUUGGACAUCAUAGCGAUGCUCCUCAAGCAUGGUGCGAGGGAUCCGAGCGGCAAGGCCCUGCUCUCUGCAACACUCAGCGUUCGUAGUGACGUGGUGACCACAAUUCUAGCCCAUACUGGGGUACAUCCAGACCCUGAUUAUGUAAUUGGAGAGGAAUACCAGACUAAAAUCAAGCUGUUUGUGACAGAGUUGACUCAGACUACCGAGGGAGGGGACUGUCACUCCAAACCGAAAACAGUUAGGGAGGCAGCUUUGAUUGCGCGAACGAAGGUCAUUGCCCAGGAGUCGAAGAAGGACCACUCACGGAAAGGUAGCACAUACGACCGGCGUAGAACUUUUGGCGGCCUCAAAAGGGCUGCCAGUACGCUUGGAAUGUUUGACACCCCUGUUGCUAUUGACUGGCAUGACCAGAAUCUGAAUGACAUUAAUCCAGAGUGGUUAGUGGAGGCCAGUUUACGCUUCAACACCGUGUUGCGAACCUACCCGCAGGACUCUAGCAUUCAUAUUUCCGUGGCUACCAUAACACGGAUUGACAUUUCUGACAACAGUCUCAGUCACUUGCCAUUGUUUAUUUUCAAACUACCAUCCUUGCAGCACUUGAAUGCUUCCAAGAAUAAGAUGUGUUAUCUUCCAGGAAUGCCGAGAAGUACCAGUCCCAUGACCAGGACUUUCCCCGGGAUCGAGGACAGCGCCUGGAAUGCACCAAUGCUCCGACGGAUCAACCUGUCCAGCAACCGUCUGGUCACACUGCCACCAGAGAUCUUCAUGCUGCCCGUCUUGGAAAAUCUGAACAUGGAAAACAACCACCUCAGGGAGCUACCGUUUGAAAUGUGGAUGGCUCCUAAGCUGAAGACGCUCAACUUGUCCAGGAAUAUUCUGGAGGAACUGCCUUGUGGUCUUUAUGGCCCAUCUAACAACAACCAGAUAGCCUUUCGCGAGGUCCAGUGUCGGAGCCCUUCACCCUUACCUGAGGACCUGACAUCAGAUCAAAAGCGAGACACCUUCCCUUUGCUGUCAAACCAGUCUGAGAAGCCAGCAUCAGGGAAGCUUGCCCGGUUAUCCGAGGCAGCCCUGAAAUUUGGCAAGGCAGCCCUACGGAUGAAGGACCUCCCCCGCGAUUCAGCCAACAUGGUUAUCAGUAUGUCUGGACUUGAGGCGAGCUUAGCACGUAGGGACACCAUUGACAACUCACCCAGUGAGUCCCCAGAGACCUCUGACUCGGAAGUCUUUGAAGAUGAAGAACAUUCGGAAAAAGGCUACUCCAUAGUUACUGUUCGUCGCUUUCGGCUGUGCAGCACUGGAAGCAUUCACGGAGACAGUGCUGAAGAGGAAAAUGCCAACAUCGAUGAAAUGAAUGCCCUAGAAACAUUAGACCUGUCUCACAACAAGCUAACUCAUGUCCCUGUUGGUCUGCCAUGCCUGGCUCCUAGACUGACCAAACUUGUACUUUGCCACAACAAGAUUACAGACUUUGGCCCCAUGAACAAGUAUCCUGUCGGGUUAAUGGAUUUGGAGCUCUCUUUCAAUUGUAUCAAGGACAUGAGCAAUCCAGCCAGCCACCUGCCGGUCCGGAACAAGUCCAAUGUCUUCAGACUGCUGCGUUCCAGUUCGGCUUAUGAUCCCUCUCUAGGUCUGCCGGACAUGUGCUACAGUCCAACAUCUCAGUACUCGUUAGCGCAGCGAGGCACCCUGCAAACCCCAAGUCGACAGAGUCGAGACUCCUCCUUUGUCAGCAGCCCACCUGGUUCAGGGACUCCGCAAGGCCCGCUUGUUCAGUUCUGCAAGCACCGACGUCACCGUGUGUUGGCCACCUUGAGGACUUUGGACCUGUCCAGUAACCAGAUCACACAGAUGGAUGUGAUUGCCAGGACAGUUUUAGGGGCGAGUGCAUCAGUCGAAGAAGAAACCCCUGGAGCUCCCGGAGAUUCGAGUGAAGAUGAUUCAAAGCUCCAGCUUGUACAGAGCAGAGGCAGUGAUUUGGAAGUAACUCUGCUCUUUCCAAGUCUCAAUGCUCUCUCUGUUGCCAACAACAUGAUUGGAGAGGUCCCAUCAGACAUACAGUAUCUCACCAAGCUGUCCAGUCUAAAGCUUAACGGUAAUGAGAAGAUUUCAACCCUGCCUCCAGAGCUGGGACGUCUCAACAUGUAUGACUUGAAGGUUGAUGGCUGUCGACUGACGGAGCCCCUGGCCAGCAUGUUCAAGACGGAGCUGGUUAAAGAUAUCCUGGGAUACCUACGCUCCAUUCUGGAUGAUGCAAAGCCAUACACGAGGAUGAAGCUGAUGUUUGUGGGCAAGGCUUGCAUUGGCAAGACAACCCUCUUGAAUGAACUGAGGAAGGACGGUGUGGGCUCAACAUCUUCAGUGCCUGAGACUUUUGCCGAGAGGCAGGGUAAUACCAGCAUUGGUGGGAAGACACUACGGGGCAAGUACCUGUCAACGGUCGGAGUUGACGUCAGUGAGUGGACCUACAACAAGAAGAGGAGCAAAUAUGGAAAAGUCACCUUCAGCACUUGGGACUUUGGUGGUCAGGAGGAGUUCUAUGCCACUCAUCAGUAUUUCCUGACCAAGCGGUCCUUGUACUUGGUACUCUUCAAGAUUACGGACGGAAUGAAGAGCAUUAAUCAGAUACAGCAGUGGCUUGUCAAUAUUCAGGCCCGCGCACCCAAUUCCCCUGUCCUCCUGAUAGGCACCCACUACGACUUGGUCAACCGACCCAAGUCCAAGUAUUCCCGGGAGUACUGGCCGGACCUGAAGCGGAAGAUCAUGGAGCGUUUCAUUCACAUAGCUCAGCCCCAGGAUGUGGGUCUGCCCAAUGUCAUUGACUGCAUCGAGAUCUCCUGUCUGCCCAUGCCAAGGAACAACAACUUGGGAUUUCUGAGGGAUAGGAUUUACGACGUCGCAUUUUCACUCACAGAGGGUCGGGACAAGGAGCCCAUGCUGAUGCAGCGUGUGCCAACAUGUUACCUUGCCCUUGAGAAGGCUGUCAUGCUGAUAUCAUCUGACAUGCGUAGGGCCGGCACUGAACCAGUCUUGCAUGCCCUUGAAUACAGGACGGAGGUUACCCGCGUGAUGCUGGAACAAUAUCAGGUUUCUUUCCAUAGCAAGGAAGACUUGAUGCAUGCCACGAGAUUCCUUCACAACAAUGGUAUUCUCCUGCACUACGAGGAUUCCAUGCUGAGUGAUUAUUUCUUCCUGGACCCGCAGUGGCUAUGUGACACCCUGGCCAAGAUUGUCACUAUCCCAGAGAUAAACCCGGACGUCAAGAAAGGCGUGAUGCUGAUCAAGGACCUCCACCGCAAGUUCCAAGACUCCAGUGUCAAGGACUUCAUCUUGAAUCUGCUCAAUAAGUGCGAGGUUGCGGUCACGUACGACAAUGAGCACAUCCUGGUCCCCUCUAGACUGCCUGUGGAAGGGCUGGAUAUGACCAUGAUUCCACUUAUCCGGGAGAAAGAUGUCAUCCAAAAGGAGUCUCCUCAAACAACAUCUCCCUCUUCAUCUGCUUCUCCGUCUCCGAACCGCUGCUGGAACCGGCGAGCAGUUCGUGGUGUCUCCCCAAACAACACCUCCCAUGUUCGCAAUUACAGCCCCUCCCCAUCUUCCAUGCGCCGUAACCCCUUGGGUGCCCUCCAGAUCCCAGGGGGCACCCUCAGUAAGGCCGAGAGCUCCUCCAUGCCCACGCUCAGUCAGCAGAUUCCCACCCAGCUGCGCACCAACAACUGCAGCUCCUCGCCACCGAGCUCCAUGAUCAUCCCCGGGAUGCCGAUGGACCAAGGAUCCAUGCUGCCAGAGCCGGGGAGCAAAUCCUCUACACUGAACUCCCACAGUCUUAGUUCUGGUGACCUACCGGUAUCCCUAAAUGGAAUCCAGAACAUCACACCAGUGCCGUUUCAGAUGCACGAGGAGCCACUGACGGAACUGGACAACACUGAAGUCAUUCCUAUUGUGAAUCAGAAGGCAGCCAUUCGACGGCUGUACAUCCUCCAGUACAUACCCAGCGGAUUCUGGUCUCACAUGAUCAGCCGCUUCCUCUCGGAUCAGACCUUUUGUAAAGUGGUGCCCCUGCUGUAUCCGCUGCCCGAGCGUCUAAAGGUCAUGAUGAGCCAGUCAGCUUUGGAUGCCCUGGAGAAAAAGUAUCAGUGGACUGUGUGGCAGACCGGCGUGGAACUACGCUUCUUUGGUGCCACCAUCUUCCACGUGAAGGAGAUAGUCAAGGAGGCUAUCCUCACCAGUGUGUUCGAACAAGAGCGCCGGCCAGAUCACAUCAAGGUGGUCAACCCUGAUGGCCAGGAGCCGGGUGGGGACCGGGCUGUGUCCCUCACCCGCAGUGGGCAGCUGGAGAUCCUGAUUCCUAACCAGACCCUCAAUAUCAUUCAGAAGGCUGACAGUGCCCCGAUAAUGACAGAGACUGCGGUGGAGUCUGGCAUCGAAGCUCUCGAAGGGGAGCACAUUGAGAUUGCCAGCUCGCUCCAAGUGGCCUCCCGCCUCCUGUCCAGCAUCAUGGACUUGAUUGACACCCUGAUGGAAAACUUCUACCCUUCCAUCUGUGAACCACUUGGCAUCACCUUCCAGGGGGAGCUGUUCAUCACCAGGCUGGUGCCAUGCAACCGCUGCUGGCGUGACUACAACAGACUCAAUGUGGAUGAGCUUGAUGAGCAAGAGUGGGAGUUUGUUGACAAAUUUGACUUUGAUCAGCGGCAGAGCCUUUUGUCGGAAACACCCGUGCCACGGAAGCGUAGCCAACGAGGGUCUAACCUGUGCUGCGGGCUGUCUUGCACCGAUCACCAUGGUCCGUACAGUGACUUCUCUGAGUACACGGAGCGGAACAACUCGAUGAGGCCACGGGCCCGCCCUGUCGGCCGCAAGCAUAGGGCAGCCAUCAGCCAGUCCAAGUCCUCGGAUCAGAGCGAAUCCUGCAGCCAGCCAGACACCCCAUUGGUAAAUGACUUCCAAUCGCAAGACUUGUUGUUUUCAGAUCAGAUGAAACUAGACCUGAGGUUCACCAAUUCAGUAGAGAUGAACUCAGAGAUGAUGGGGGACGUCCAAGUCUAUGGGUUUUUGUUUGAGAUGUUGGUGAUGCAGGCCAUGAAAACUGAGAUAGUCACUUGCCCCAUCCACGGGCGGGUCAAACUGAGCACCAUCGCCCCAGAUGUGGUGUUUCAUGACUUGGGUCCAGCUCUGCUUGUGGACCGCGCAACCCUGGAAGUCCGUCGUCUCCUGGGUAGUGGCACGUUUGGCCUGGUCUUCCAGGGCCAGACUUCCCGGAGCAGCCUGGACACCAAGGUGCAGGUGGCCAUCAAGAUGCUGCAGCCCUUCCCACCGGGCCAGGGGGCCGGCCAGACAGACCGGCGGCGCUACGAGGCAGAGAACGCCAAGUGGCACCGGGACCCUCUGCGCUUCUCCUGCGAGGCCUUCCGCACCGCCCGCAAGGAGCUCAGCAUCAUGUUGAACCUGGAGCACCCACAGAUUGUGCCACUCAUCGGCUUCUGCCGCCAGCCCAUGAGCCUGAUCCUGGAGCUGGCUCCGGAGGGUGCCCUAGACUCCAAGCUGGAGGACUACAAGCGUGUUGGGGCUAGAUUAACACCUUGCACUUUUCAGAAAAUUCUUGUGCAGGUCUCUUCGGCAGUAGCGUACCUUCACCAGAAAGGUAUCAUCUACCGAGAUUUGAAGGCCGAGAAUGUCCUAGUCUGGUGCCUACCUGCCCCACAUAGCUCAGAUUCAUGUGUGAAGGUCAAGCUGGCAGACUAUGGAAUCAGUGUGACAGCUAUGCCAUCUGGUACCAAAGGGUAUGGCGGUACGCCUGGCUACAUGGCACCAGAGAUUGUGCAGUAUGAUGGAAAAGAGAAAUACACUGAGAAGGUGGACUGUUUUUCCUUUGCCAUGUUCAUGUACGAGUUAAUGGCGAUCCAGCGACCAUUUGAGAACCUAGUGGGCAAAGACUUUGGUCGUCUGUCCGAGAUCAUCAAGCAAUUAAUCAAGGACGGCCAACGACCUGUACUUACCAAGAAGGAAAAGUUGUACCCAACUUACAUGGUGGAUUUGAUGGCCUGGUGCUGGGCUCAGGACUCCCGCGACCGCCCCAGCAUGGAGCAGAUCAAUGCCAUCUCCCGGAUGCCCGAGUUUCCAAACCUGAGGGAGAUCAUGUCCCCACAGGACAAUGAAAAGGUCACCUGUGCCUGCGCACCGCCAUUAUUCCUGAAUGGUAGCAUAACAGACUCAGACAGCGACGAUCUUGCCGCCGUCCAGCCCUGCGUGUGGAUGGCCCAGUGCAUUGACAAGAACGGGCUGGGCAACCCAGACGAGGCCUCGGUGCUGGUCCUCAACGUGGACCGCAGUCCCGGGGAAAGCAGCACCUGCGUCAAGUUUAACGUGUCCAGUGGCUGCGUGGAGUGCAUGUGUGCUGUGGUCGACACCAUGUGGUUGGGCCUGACUUCGGGAGCGAUUGCUGUAUAUGGAGCCGUCCACAAUGCCUACCAGGAGCUGUGCCCCAUGUUCACCCUGCCACUGUGCUUGGGGAAAGUGCAGGUGCCCAAGGCCAUGGUGCAUGUGAGCGCCCUGGGGGAGGUAAUGGUGGCCACUGACCACCGCAUCAUCGUCGUGUCAGAGGACCGUGGGCUGCCCGACCAGACCGUCAUGCUGAAGUACGUGGAGUUCAGGCGGGAGGUGUUCACGCUGGCAGUGGUGCCGGCAUUUGGCAACCUGGGAGACAAAUCUUUUGAGAUCUGGUGUGGCCAGUCAGAGGGUCACAUCAACAUCGUCAAUGCCAGCGACCUGUCCAUUGCCAAGACAGAUCUGAACCAUCAGCAAGCUCUGGACUGCGUGGGCAAAGUGUCACGCCUGGUUACCUAUGACCUUGACCUCAUGGAGGAGAUGGGCCUGCACCAUGUCUGGUCCUGGGUACAACCAGGCCCCUUCAUCUACAAGUGGAACGUGAAGUCCAAAAAGAUUGAAGGGACGCUGGAUGUCAUCACAGCCCUGGCCACCUGCAGGUCCAACUCCAAGCCGCGGAGCCGCAGGAACGUUAGACCAAUGAGCGGUAGGGGGAGAAUCUUUGGGGUACCUUGGCCAGAGAUGGGAGGUUGGGCCAUGAGAAAUCAGGUCUCAUCAUUAGCUGUCUUCCGCCAGUACCUUUAUGUUGGCGUGUCCUCUGGGAACCUCCUGGUGGCUGAUCCCCACUCCCUAAAACCCCUCUGUGUCAUCAACUGCCAUGAGGGUCCCGUCCGCACCAUCGUCCCCGUUGCGACAGAGCCCUGGACGCCCUCGGAGAUGCAGGCGGACGAGGCGGCGGCCGAAGCAGAAGUGGAAGGGCAGGAGGGAGGUGCGGCCGUGGUAGUGACAGUUGGCCGGGGGUUCAAUGACCUCAUUGGUGGAUACGUCAACUCGCCCUCCCGGGUCAAGGGUCACGAGCGACUGGAGUGGUACUUCCUGCUGUGGGAGACAGCCAACUGGGAGCAAGGAUGCCCACAGCCAAGCCUGAAAGGACUUGGCUUGGAAAAUAUUGUGGGGAAGAACAAUGGCAGCUUGUAUGGGACAAAAAUGACUUGGGAUGAAAAGAAAAUGCCUCAGAACAGUUGAGUCAGAUAUUUUCAAAAUGGCAAGAAUCGGUGUGUCAAAGCACUCUUGGGUGAAGUUGAGAGACGCCCAUCCAAGCAUUGAUGUUAAGCUUACUCCAGCUUAGAUUAUAUCGAUAACACACAUUGCUUCCCAGUUCUGUUUGAACUUUUUACAAACAGCAAUGAGAUUAGCCUAAUUGCAAUAUUUGAAAAGCAAUCACUGAAGGAAAUUUCUCAGGAAGAAGCAGCAAACAACUGAGCCGCUAUUUUUUCAGAUUGGUCAGUAGAAGGAAACACAUAGGCGUGGUUUGCCAUUUCAACAUUUUUCUUAGGAUACACUUAUUACAUCGCUGUUAUUUCAAGAGGUACAUGUGCAGUGUAGCUUUGUUCUAAAUGUUCAUGUACAUGCUCGUGCAUUUAUGGUGUUAGAAUGCCACCUUUUAUCAUAUUUAUUUUCAGAUGGGCAUGUAUGCUUGAAAUACUGUAGUUUCACUGCAACACUUUGGUACCUGUACAUUCAUGCAAUGAUAGUAAUAGAAGUGGGCUUGCAAUAUUCGCCUCUUUGCCCUGCCAAGUGAAUUUGUAUCUUUGACGGUCGAGAGAAGUUUGAAAUCCACUUUUGUUGAAAGUAUGUAGUGUAGAUAGUCUUGGUGUCUUUUACUUCAGAGUAUGAGCCUGUGGGUUUUUUUGAUGUAUUGAUAGUAGACAGUAUGAAACGUGGCUGUUCACAGCAGUAUUUCUUUGCAUUGAAAUACAAACCGUGAAGGGCAACAUCCUCCAAGCUAUAUCAUUUUAUAAAUAACUACAUAGUGUGUCAUGAUUGCGGUGGAUGAAUAAAUAUGAAGGAUAAAGAUUUAUAUAUUUUUGCAUGGGUAAAAUUUUCUCAUGAAAAAUUGUUUGCAUGAGUAAUUAUUUUUUUGUGAUGUAUGCCAUGCCAAGGUUGUUGUGGGUCUUUUGUUCUUUAAUUGAUAUGAGAAAUGUCUGGAUUUUCAGAGAAAGAAAUUAAGAAACGUCAUUUGUGACCACCGACUAUACAUGUAUUAAAAAGUGACUUUCAGAAAUGCAUUUAGUUUAUUGACAUAUACAUGUACUUGAGAUUUUUGCUUAUGUAUAUUCUGAUGGAGUUCUUGCUGAUGGAAAGAAAUGUAUAUAAUGUCCAGAAGUCAGAGAUACUGUCAUAAAAGAUGUAUUCGUAGAUGUGUUCAUUACUUAAACGUUAAAAUGUGUAUUAUUAAUAUUGGAAAGAAUGUCUGGAGCUGUAGUCAUUUUCUAUUUCUGACAGACUGAAUAUUUAAUUAAUCUACUCAGUGUGAGGCAUUGUAAAAGGCAUUGCAAACAUCUAAAAUUAUCCCACCAGGUGAUGAAAUCUUUUGUGAAGAAGAAUCUUUAGUGAGAUGUUAGUGAAAAAAAAAAUUAGUUUUUAAUGCGAUCCCACGUGCACAAUUUGUAAAAAUGACCAAGAGGAUCUUGACGUGUGACAGAGCUCCCACUGUAGAUCAUCACCAGUGGGUAUCAUUUAAAAUUCAUCAUGGGAUGAAGUCUGAACAAUCAACAGAUCUGUAUUACAGGCAUGAUAAUUUUCUGUUUCACCAGAAUUUUAGAUUUUGUGUCUAUUGUCGGCAUUCUGCACCGUAGUCAUUAAGCUUUUAGGGGUCCGUAGGGAGCCUUUUCCUUUUUUUCCCCUGACGUCAAAUAUUAAGCCCCUUAUUCAGCCAUUCCCAUGAACUUCAAGUUCAUACAGAACAUACCGGUACUAAUUGCUGGACAGUUUGUGAAAACCUGGUCUAAAAGCACGUCUCAGGUAUUCUUCGACAACGGUCUCUGCUGAAGCACCCCGUCUGCUGUGAAGAUUUGACAGGCAAUUGGUCAAAAACUGAAUACUAUUGGAGCUUUGCAGUCAGUGCCUGUUGGAAUAUACUGUCACUGUUCGGUAAAUAUGCUCCCAGUCUUGGAGGGAACCCUUAUCAGGUUUGGCAGAAUGCAUCUCGUGCUCUUUAGUCCAUUUUGUUUGCCAGUCACUCACAGUACACGUACAAUGACAUUGUCACUGGCAACCCCGCCUUAUUUUAUAUGAAACAAAGUGGAAGUGGCCCGUGCACACAACUCUCACAUUCAUUACAGGGGACUUCCGAUAAACUCUUAAUCCAUUGUUUGCUGUGUGUUUUCAGUAAUUGGGCAUCCCGAGUCUCUCGGCUUUGACUCAAUUUCUGCCUUCGCAUUGAAUUCAAUAUGUAUUUUGAAUCAAAUUAAAAUACUCCUGGCAUUGUUUUCAGAGUGUAGAACUUCCUUUCUUAAAAUAGAGCUUAACUGAGUACAAGAGUCUCGAGUCAGAGGUUGAUUAAUUGUGGAACCAAAGCUGGAAGCUGAUGGAGACUGAUAGACAGGAACUGGCAAACCCUGUUGUAUCUAUUAGCUGAGUGAUUAGUGUAGGACAUACUGGCUCAUCAGUGAAGCAUGUAAAUUAUAAUAAAUGUGCAAUAUAUAUAUAUGUACUUGCAAAUAAACAUAUGUAAGAAGCACAAUU